ACUGUCGAUGUAGUUCAUUGUCACGCACGUGCUCUCUAUCUCUGUCAUUUGUGCAUCGUUUGUACACAAUGCCGAAAAUCAUUCGUCGGUGAACACUCAACGAGUUGUUUCUGUGUUUUUUACUUGGAAGUAAGAAGCAUCGAUUUGUUUUUAGUUGAAACUUAAUUUAUUCACUCGAAGUUAGUUAAUUUAUUGGGAGCAGUAAAACUGCCGAAGAAAAGACUGAGCGGUAAAUUUUUAAGGUUAGAUAGAGUUAAUGAUGUCGAACAUCGAAGUGAUGUAUGAAGAUGAUUUGUCGUUGGCCAGGAAUAUUUCCGUGUAUAAUCGAGACAAAGAUGUAUUUGGUGUGGCGGUCGAACGUUUUGAUCAGAAUGCGUUGCGCGCGUAUAUUGUGUUGAUGUCGGAUUUUAAGCAACAGCAGAAUGAGAUACCACCCGAUUUGUUGGCGUUGAUUGCACCGGAUCGAUUUUUUCGAAAGUUGAACGAUUCCACAAAGCUGUUGGACGAUGAAAAACACUUGAGUAAGUAUUUGGUUGAUGCAUUUCAAGUGAUGGCCACCGCUACCAAGUGCAUAGAAACGGAUCAAUUCUACAAGAAUUAUCAUGCGGCACUACAAACGGCAUUGAAAGAUGAACAUGCCAAUGUGAUAUCAGUUUAUUUACAAAUUUUACAUCGAUUUGAUCGAGUUUUUCACACUGAAACACCGGUCGAAAUUCUAAAAACCGUGGUAGAUGCGGUACAUGGCCCAAUUACCGAUAUGAAACUGUUGAACGAAGCAUUGUUACUCAUCGAAUCGAAUGUGGUGAAACGACAUAACCUCGAUGUCAAAUCUCUGGCUAAUGAACAACUGUUGAAUUUUAUGUGGCACAAUCUGUGCUCAUCGAAAGUGGCCAAGCAUCAAUGUAACAUUUGCUACACCAUCAUUUCGCAAUUGAUUAAAGUGUAUCUCAACGAGUGUCAAUCAAAUGAAACAUUUCGUGAACAGUUUUUAACCGGCGAUUUAUGGCAUUUCAUUCGGGCUGCCAUCGAAUCCAAAGAGAUGAUUCGACGCAAACAGGCCAUUUAUAUAUUGCAAAAUAUUUUGGAAUCCAAUGAAAAUGAAGUGAUGAGCACCGAUGAAUGCAACAAUGAAACGCCCGUCGAUUUGCAAACCGUUUGGAAGAAUUAUUUUGCCGUGCUGGAGAGUUUGCUGGAAAUUCAAUGUCAUUUGAUUUUAUCAUGUUUGGAUCAAUAUCUUGAUGUGAUUGUCAAACAUUUACCACCAUUUUGGUAUUCGAUUGUUUUUGCACUGGUACUGAAGCAUCACAACAACGUUGUUAUUCAUUAUGGCAUUGAAUUCAUUCUGCGAAAUGGCAUCUCAUUGCAACAUGACAGCCAUUUAAUGAAUGGAUUCUAUCAGGCGCUGAACAACACCUAUUUGCAUUCGGAGGCGAAAAUUUCGGAACAAAAUUUGGCCAAAUAUUUCCAAGAUUCGGAUAUGAAUCAUACACUUGAUAUUAUGAUGUUGAUUUGUUGGCAACCUGUGCCACUGUGGACGGUAAUUAAAUCGAUUGACGUUUAUGUUGAACAGAACAAAGGGAAUGGCUUCCAAAUUGGUUUAUUGCUGGAAUUUCUAAAGCGAUCGGUGCGUGUUAUCAAGAGCAUGCCCGAAGUAGAUGACAUAACGGUACGAAUUUUGCAAAAUAUUGGCAUCAAUAAAUUCACAUUGGAACAAGUGCUUGCGGUAUACGAUGUUAUUCCACGCGUUGAAAUACUGGAUGCAUUCAAACAACCGUUGGAUUUGCAGCAAUUUGAAAUGAACUUCAUUCAAUUGAAUCACAUUUCCAUCGAAACGAAAAUUAAUUACUUCCAACGUGCCGUACCCAACAACAAGGAUCAAUCGAAGCUGCUGGAUGAAUUUUAUGAGAAAAACCGCACAAUGUUCCACUAUUUUCCGCAUUAUGAAUAUCUACUGUUUAAUAAUCUAUGCGUUGAAAAAUCAUUGAAAGACGCUUUGUUUGUCAUCAAACCACGCAUUUACAAUUUGAUGAAACCACAUGGCAAUAUUACAUUGGAUGCACUCAAUUUUACGGCGUCGUUGCUCAAAUUCAUUGUCGAUAAGUUUGCCAGCGACCGUAAUGAUCCAACUACAUUUGAAUUCAUCAAUAGAACAUUGAUCAAUUUCUAUGAAGUCCUUCGAAAGAAAGCGUACGUUGACAACAAUUUGAGCACACUGCAGGAAUUCAAAGCACGACUUACCACGAUCAGCAUGAAGAUGACCAAAUGCGGAGAACUUUAUCCAAAUAAAUUCGCCGUGUUGGGCGUUUUGGCCGACGCCAUCAUGCUAGAGGAUGUGGAUAUCGAUUUGAGCCGCUUCGAUCCGGACGAUGAAAACGAUGUGCAAAACAUUCAAGGACUCUAUGAUUGUUUCAUCGAUAAGAGCUAUGAGUUCAAAUUGUCGCACCAAGCCAAUGUGAUACACAAAAUUUUGAAAAAUUUCCAAAAUUUGGAGCUAGACAUGUGGAAGGCAUACCGGAUUUUAUUGGCUGGAAAAGCUGAUGUUAGUUGCAUUUUUGAGCAAACACAUCCAUAUUGCGUGAAGAAAAUCGAUGAAAUCCUUGGUGAUGCUCUUAUUUAUGGAAAUGAGCUCAAGGGCGAAGAAAAGCAAGCAUAUGAGUUUGUGUCGUCAAAAUCGAGCUCCAACACAUACACUCAGAAGGUUCGUUUGACUGCAAUGCGCGCAAUUGCCAGCAAAAAUGAUGUGGAGCAAAUUCGAAAUCUGAAAAAUUUGCUGUUUACUAAAAAUGGUGAAAUCUAUCGAGUUCGAUAUUAUACAAAUUCUCAUCAUCAUUCGAUGAAGCUGCGAAUCACACAGGCAUUAGCAUUUUUAUUCCGUUUGGAUCCAGAAUGGGACGCUCGUAUGCUGAAAAUCGUUUUGGAAGAGGCAAAUCAAACAAAUGUAACCCAUAUCAACGAGCUCAUCAUUGCCCAUACCAUUGAGCCAUCGCAAAUGCUGCAGAUUAUUGAAAAAAUUGAUGGCAACAAAGGAAUGCAGUCAAUGUUCAUGAUAAUUUACUACGUUUGCUCAAAACAACCCAACAACAUACAAUUUGCAAGAGAAUGUAUCGAAUUCCUCAUCAAAUAUAUCUUCGUGAAGCAAAUCAUUGUACGAACAUCCGCACAAAUCGUGUUGAUUAACCUGUGUGAGAAAUUCGAUUUGACGACCGACUUCAAAAUUCUGUACGACAGCACAAAAAUUGCACAUGAAGUAAAAGUGAGUCGGGCUCUUAAGUUUUCGUACGCCUAUCGAUAUCGAUUUGAACAAAUCGAUGCAUCGCGAAUGCUUCACACCAUGUAUACGUUGCGUGAAAUUCCACGAAUCACCAACAUGUUCUCCGAUGAAUAUUACAAGCAUGAGAUUUAUGAUCCAGAUGAUUCCAAAUUGAUCAUUCAUAUCGAUGAAGAUGAAACUAUCGCGGCGCAGGAGGGUGUUGAUGUCGAAUUGGCUUUCAUCGAUAAUGUUGAGGAUACAAUUGGUGAUCCAUGCCAUGGGGGCAACGUUCAACGCAAAUUGGUUACAUACCGUGAAACUUUCGUCGAUCGACAGGUUUUGAACAGUUUAUCCGAUGAGUUCGCGAGACGAGACACGAAAACCAACAGUAAUUUGAUCAUUUUGGGAAGUUUGCUGACCAAAGCUGCCAAUCUUGGUGGCAUCUCUCGCACCGGUGAAGUGUUUGGUGUCAAAGCAGUCGCUUUGGAUAAUUUGAAACAUCUGAAGCACAAUGACUUCACCUCAAUCAGCAUGGCAUCGGAGAAAUGGUUGAAAUUCUUUGAGGUGAAGCAUUACAAUGUGGUCAGCUACUUGAUGGCAAUGAAAUCGAAUGGAUAUGCUAUUGUCGGUGCUGAGCAAACGGCAUUCGGUGGCGAAUUAAACAAAGUGCCGUUGCCAAAGAAGAUGGUGCUUGUUCUUGGUCACGAAAAAGACGGAAUUCCGGCAAAUAUUUUGAACUUGUUGGAUAUGGCCAUUGAAGUACCGCAAUUCGGUGUUGUGCGAUCGUUAAAUGUUCACGUUACUGCGUCAAUUUUUAUGUGGGAGUAUGCGAAGCAGCACCUUAUCGUCGAUCGUUAGUUUACAAUCAAAAUGCAAUCAAAAUAUAGAAAAGCAGCUCAUUUUAAAUUGCAUGUUUAGAGAAAAGUUCAAAAUCAAAAUUGAGCAAAAAUCAAAAAUACAAAUUGCUCUUCAAAACAGUAUUGGGAAUAUGCAAAGAUUUACGAAAUUUUCAAAUCCAUUGAGGGAAUUUCAAACGUUUUAAAAAGUUAAAAUGCACAUUUUUAAUUACGAAAUAGUAAAUUUUUUUUUAUUGCGAUAUAAUUUUUUUAAAUAUUAUUUGGAAUCAUCGGCGGUAUUGUGUGUGAUUGGUUAAUUCUUCUUUUUUUCUCGUUUCAAAUAAAAAUCCUCAUUUCUUAUUUAAAUCACAAAAAUAAA